AUGACAUAUGUGAACCUUCUAUUGAACCCUGAACGUUACACUGGCUAUAUUGGUCCAUCACCGAGAAGGAUAUGGGAUGCUGUGUAUUCUGAAAAUUGCCCGAAAUUUUCAUCUCAGGACAUUUGCCAGGAGAAAAAAGUAUUAUACAAAUUAAUCUCUGGUCUUCACUCCUCAAUUUCGAUCCACAUAGCUGCUGAUUAUCUUCUUGAUAAGACUACUAAUCUGUGGGGUCAAAAUCUGGAGCUGAUGCAUGAUCGCGUUUUGAAAUAUCCUGAUCGUGUCCAAAAUUUGUACUUCACAUUCCUCUUUGUUCUCCGUGCAGUGACUAAAGCAACAGAUUACUUGGAGCAGGCUGAGUGUGACACUGGUAAUCAUGAGGAAGACCUGAAAACGCAGUCUUUGAUGACAAUCGGUUGA